CUAGAUCUCUACCGGUGUCGAGGAGUGCGAUCCUCGUGGUUCGACGUACCUGCCGACCUCGGAGUGUGUGUUCCCAGGUCGUAGCUAUUCAACAUGGUGCCGUAACUCCGCUGAUAGCAUCGGGGUCCGAUCUCUUUUUGCGGUCUUCGCGGCGCUGUUUGGGCUUCGUCGCGGCGGCUAGUGCCGGUCCUCCAGUGUUCUUCCUCUCCCUCACGCGCUUCGCGAUCAUAGCAGCAGUGAUCGAAGCUGCCGCACGACCAUCCGCUUCGCGUUCUCGGCGUCCGACCAGAUUGCAAGCGCGGGAAGCACUUUAUCACGGUUUGUAGCCAGUUUGGCGGUGUUGAGGGCCCCAGCGCCCGUUUUCCGACUACUUACCGGGGGAACGAACCUGCUCCACCUUCUCCCCGACCUGAUUCCGGAGAUGGCAAAGAAGCGAAAAGGAAGUAAGGGCCGGGAUACCGAGGGGGAUAGCGAUAUUUCCUGCAUCGCCCCGGCGGACAGCAACGCGAUGGCAGCAAUCGCGGCUCUAACAGCGCAGGUUACGAAGCUGGCGGAAACAGUUACGAAAACGCAGCAGGAGCAGGCGGACCAGAUUAAGAAGUUGCAAACGGGCACCACGCCCGGGGCGACGAUCUUCUCCGCGGGCGCCUCUUCUUCUUCCUCCGCGGCGGCGAGCUCCACGGAUUCUACAACGGGUGAAGAGGAGCCGGACAACGAGAAGUCCAUGCUUGCAGCCCUGCAAGCGUGGAAUGGUUUCGUGGAGCCGCAGGCGGGUCGCGUGCUGAGCUCGCAGGAGCAGAUCCAGGCGGAAGCCUUGGCGACCGCGAUCCCCAUCUUCGACCCCGCCAAGCAGAGCAUCCAGAAGUUCCUGCCGAAGCUUGCCACGUGGUGCAAGCUGAUGAACGGGCUGAACUUCAGCGAGGCGGUGUUGUUCGACCAGAUCCGCAUGCGGACCUUCGUCGCGGACCAGUGGCGGGAGGAUCUGGUAGCGGGGUGCGAGGGGGAAAAGCGCUUGAUCCUUAUGGCGAAGGCGCUGAUCGAGGACCAGGCCGGGAGUGCGAACACGAUCCUGGGGGCGAAAACCCGGGCAAUUUUGCGCAUCCAGCGGAAGAGGAACGAAAAGGUCAGCAAAUUCUGCGCGGCAAGGAAGAUGGACUUUCAGGAGCUGCAGAAGAUGCGGGCCCCGCUGAAUACGCUGGUCGCGGGCGGCGCGAUCUUGGACAAUGUGCUGAUCGACGACUUCACGCUGCGGCUGGUGAAGUCACAGGUCCGGCAGAAUACCACGGUGACCCGCGUGAUCGCAGCCUUGUGCGACAUCUGCCCCAACGAAACGAAAACUUACGAGCAGAAACCGCAGGGCGAUGCGGAGGAGCGUGCGGGCGGCGCGCUCUUGACUCUCCCAACGGACUUCGAACAGGGCGGCAGCGACCUGCUUUGCGAGGAGCAGCAGGAAUACACGGGCGCGGAGUGGCGCGCCUGGUACAACGCGGUCAGCAGUAGCAUGGCGCUUUUGGCGAACCAGGACAACAGCGGGGGAAACAGGUGCUACUACGGGUCCAAUUGCCAUUUCUUUUUGAAGAAUGGCAAGUGCAGCAAGCAGCAUACCCCGCAAGAAAUUACGGAGUUAAAGAAGAAGCGGGAGCAGCGGCUGAAGAACAUUGCGGAAGGCAAAGGGGCGAACGGUGGACCCCGCCGCCCCCCGUGACUAUCCUACAACGAAAAUUCGGGCACGGCUGCAAAGGGCGGCGCAGCUGUUGCCAAUUUCCCAGUCCGCACGGCGGUGCGGCAAUCUCCCGGUUCAGGCGGUGAACCUUUUGUACCAAAAGCGCUACCCUCUUCCACCCAGAAUCUCGACACGACUAGCACUACCAGAUGCGGCGACCGCACUUUGCGGGCCGCAGGGACAUCUUUUUGUACUACGACUUCGGGUUCCGGAUCCAGCAUUUUGCAGACCGAGAACACCGGAGCCAUCACUGCAGCAACGAGCUGCAGUGGCACUGACAAGGGCGAACAGGGACCUCCAAGGUGCUCUGAUUUUCAUGCAACGAAACCCCAUGGCACUUCUACACUUUUAUCCCCUGAAAAACAACAGGAAACUACGAACGGGGGCGAGAAGCGGGAAAAGGUGGACUUGGUCUACUACAACGCGGACAGCGCGGCGGACAACGAGCGGAGGGCCAUGGCCUGCUUCGACACGGGGGCGACUUCUUUGGUGUUUCCGCAGAGACGGGCGGACGCCAUCCGGGCGGAAAUAGACGGCUCCGCGCCCAAGACCAACUUCGAAACGGCCAAAGGGAACAUCGUGGACAGCGGCAGCAGCUACAUCGCGAUGCGAUUUCGCAAGAAACAGGGCGGCUGGACGCCCUGGCGGGCCGGGUUCUGGAAGAUCUUGCCGGGCGACUUCCAUCCGCUGGUGGGCAGGUCCUUCCACAAGGCGCUG